UUUCUGAAAGGUAGGGUUAAUGGAAUCCGGAUAAAAAUGUCAAGCAGAUCAUUACCAGCAACAAGAUUAAUCAACGUUGGACAAAAUGGAGUUGGCAGAUAUGUGUGUCAACUUGCUAGAAUAACUCUUAGAUUCUGCAAGCACCAAGCUAGUAGCAGAGGCAUGAGGGAUUUCGUAGAAAAUUAUCUGGUGGACUUUGCGAGAAGUAACCCAAAUGUAGUUGUGUAUGUAAAACCUCAUCGCCAUAGAGGAGCCUCAAUUCAAGCUGACUACUUAAAUGGAAAUUCUCACAAGACUCGUGUCUCGAAAAUGGACAUGGAUGAAAUCUGCAAAUGGAUAGAGCUAGCCAGAACUAGAUCAGGAGUUGACAUAGUGAGAAGAACUAAAAACUUUCAAACACACAACCCCAGUAUACAAGGGGUGUGGCAUCCAUUCUUGUUCAAAGACCCUUCUGUCAACCUGAAGACUUUCCCUGAUUCAGAAUAUGGAAGAUUUAAAGUGAAUGAAGUGACUGCCACAGAAAGAAUACUACAGCUAGCAGAGAGAAUGAAACAGUUAGAACUGGAAAAGGGGGAGGGGGAGGGGAAAAGUGAAAAAGACGGUGAAUCUGUGUGAUUUAAAAUGAAAAUAUCUGUUUAAACAAAGGGUGUGAAUGACAAAAGGUUUUGCCUUUCCUGUGAAAAUAUAUGUACAUAAAUAAAAAGUUAUGAAUUAUU